AUGCCGAAUUCCAAAUGUGCAGCAGCAUUCUGCAGCAACAAACGUGCAGAGGCAAAAAAACGGAAACUGGACAUCAUCUUCCAUGCCUUUCCAUCGGAAGAGGCGUUAAAAACCAAAUGGAUACAGUUUUGCAAGCGUGGUGCAAAUUGGAAUCCGUACAAAACCGAUGCGAUAUGCUCGGUCCAUUUCAAAAAGAAUGACUAUCAAAUGGCCAACUCUCCGCGGGUGUGGAGUAAAAAUCUUAGAAGACUUAACCUAAACGCAUUUCCCAGUGUUAUGGCUGGAUCGGUCAUUACCAUUUCGAAAAAGCAAAAGCUCGACGAGCAAACUCGUAAAAAGUUAUUGAGGGAACUCUAUCACAACACGACACUUGACGAGCAGUCCACGGACAGAGAUCACACGUACAGCGAAGGGACAAUCGAAGAAUUGAAAGACACAUCGCUAAUGUUGCAGAAGAUUGUUUACCGGUUGCAAAGGUUUCCCAACGUUUGUGCGUUAUGCUUCAAAGCUAUCGCUGACGAGAAAAUGUUCUCACCAUUCGCAUAUUACCACGACGAGCUGGAGUGUACGAUCGAGCAGAAGUUUGAAGAAUUUGCUGGAGUUUCAUUGACUCAAGAGGAUCGUGCGAAUCUGAGCCAUCUUCUGCCGGAUAAAGUAUGCGUGGAUUGCCUGGAAGCACUGAUCAUAUUUCACCAAUACCAACGACAAAUGGAAUGUAUGAGAAAGUUCAGCACAGGACUGGCCCAUCUGCUGAAGGGAAACAGAAACCCGUUACAAGAUCUAUAUGAAGAGCAGGGAACACAUUUGGCGAAUGUGCUGAAAAGUUUGAACAUAUGCCAUGGAUCGGAGGAUACGAUAACGCUUGAACGGUUGGAACAAGAGGUGGCAACAUAUGGACGAGUGAGAAAGUACACCGUAUUCAAUCAGGUUUAUUCUGUGGAUAAGUUUCAAACGGAUGCUAAUAUGCAGUCACAGGAAGACAUAACCCAAAGUCGGCCCAAUCUGCGACGUUCACCGAAACAAGAAAGUGACGAUAAUUUUAGAUCUAAGAAAUGGAUAUGUCCAUACGAAGACAUCUGUAGGGAAUGGUUCCUAGAUGAAGCUUCUCUACAGGAACACGUUCGAGAUGGCCACAAAUGUUUCAAGUGCCCUACCUGCGGAGCAAAGAUAAAAUUUUACGAUCUGUAUAAAAAGCACGUCAAUAGUCACGCUGUAGCAAGGGCUCUGUUGUUGUCGCAUAAUAACAAGAGACCCAAGCAGAAGCUGUGGAAUUGUGGAAAUUGUAGGAAAGUUUUCCGAAGCGAGGAGCACCUCAAAUGUCACGAAAAGAUUCAUAGUGACUCGAAGCACUUUGUGUGUCGAGUCUGUCUCGGUGUGUUUGUAAGUAAGAAUAGGUUCUAUAAUCAUAAGUGUAUUCCAUCGUCCACUGAUCUAACUUUCUCUUUCCAGGAUGAUUUUCAGUAUAAAUUAGAGGAAGAUUCCAAUUCUAGUGGAAGCGAAUUGAACACCACCUCGCCGAAUAACUCAUCGAGAAAUGUCGAACUGCUCAGUAUCGAAAUUCUUCAGUAA